AUGGCGCACAAUUCUCCCUCCCCGCAGCCCGAUCUCAAUCGGAACAGGCUCCCUACUCUCUUCGAGGUCCUCAGCAGAAGGACUUUAGCGCCUGUCGAUCUAUUUUUCUACUACAUAUACAUGCGCGAUCAACAACGAUCAGUGGACUAUCUGGAUUUCUGGCUCGAUGUUGCUCAACACAUGUCAAUCUGCCGCCAUUAUGUGCGCGAACUCCGCCGUUCUGUUAUGAUAGGGACUCCGGACGGUGACAAGUCAGGUUCCAAGCGGUCAUCCGCACUACUCGAGGGUCUAGGUGACAUGCAUCAUCCAGCUGGAGGACCGUCGAUGUUGUCAAGUGAGAAGGAAAAGAAUCAAGAUGCCCAGAUGUCAGCCUACUUGAGAGAAGAAGCUGCCAAUGGAGGAAAUUUGGGCCACUCUCCCGCUGGAAGUGUUGGAUCAAAUAUUCGUCACACAGAAUCCAACGACAGACCCAGGCCGAGUUUCAUGAGCAGUCCGCAAGUACUCACAUCUGACUCUAAUUCUCCAGAGCAUACCGUUGCAAGAGCAGACAUCCGGUCGUCCGCUGAGAAGAUUCUCUAUACUUUCCUCCUUCCGGGCGCCGAGCGCGAAAUCAUUCUCCCAGAUUCCAUCACCCAUGAAAUAAUUGUCUCCAUCGAAGAGCGAGGUCGAGAUGACCCAGAAGUUUUUGACGCUGCCAAGGAUUAUGUUUUCCAAGCCAUGGAACGUGACGCUUUCCCUGGUUUCCUGCGAGCAAAAGCACUCGGUAAUCUCGUGCCGCCUUCCUUGAUGAUGAGAUUGAUCAUUGGCCUGCUUGCCAUGUUUGGUGGGUUCUGGGCUGCGUUCGUUCUCAUUUUCCUCAAUAUGAGCCGCCAAACCAGGAUAUGGCUCAUUCUUCCCUUCACAAUUGGUGUUUAUGCUCUUUGUUCUCACCAAUACGCCAUUGAUCCCAUCCUUGCGCUCGCCGGUUACAGCGAGUACACGUUUAUGAGCUUUUCACGCAUCCGCGAACCAUAUGUUCGCAAACUGCUGAAUAAGCGCGCGAUCAUGGUUCUGACCGUCUCGACCUUCAUCACCGCCUGCCUGGUUGUGCUUUUCAUUUUUGUUCCCGGAAAGAGGCUGUAA